AUGCCCCCUCAUCCUUCCGGAACUUCUCACGUCCUAUUCCCCGACACUUCUACACUCAUCGUGAUGACAAGCAAUACCCAAAUGAACGAGCCGAAAGGACUGCGAUCGACGCGUACGUCUCAUGCUCUCUCCACUAUUGCUGGUAUUCAUCAUACUGGAAACUGGGCGAUGCAGUUGACCAAUAAGCCCCACAGCUUCCUAGGAUCUUGA